CACAGUAAUCAAACUCUGUUCAUAUUCUGUUUCACAACCCACCCUAAGAAAAGAAAAAAAAAAUCAAACAAAAUAUAUAAACAGCAAGAAAUGGGGGAUUCAGCAGCAGCAAAGAUGGCAAAAGCAAAAAGGGAGCUGGAAGAGUUAUAUUCCGGGAUUCCAGAUGAUUCAGUAAACCUUACAUUUGGGGACUUAGCCGAAAUCAGACAAGAAAACAGGGUGUCCAGUGUUCCUCAUCAUCCAUUAGAGAGGAAAAACUCGCCGCCGUUGGUUCCCAUAUCGGAAGCCAGCCCAAGAAAAGAGGAAGUCAUGCCGCUGGCCAAAUUGCCCAGCUUGGAUUUCAGCCGAGCUUUAGAAGCAUCGGCGCAAUACAAUAAUAUUAAUAAUCAUAACUUUCAUUCUAAUCACGUUUCUGAUCAUCAUCAUUUCAUGCAUCAUAAUAAUAGUCAUCAUAAUCAUCAUCAUCAUGGACAUCACCGGGAACACCAUCAUAAUUAUGGUCAUGGAGAAACUCCUCCUCAUCAUGCUGGUGGUCAUCAUCAUCAUCAUCUUGGAAUGCAGAAUAAUAGCAUGGUGUAUGAUGAUAUGAGCCAGAUGAGUGGCGCGUUCACGGAGAGAGGCGGUGGUGGAAGGCGGCGACCGGGGAUUCCUCAUUCUAAUAUUUGCACUCUUUGCAGUAACUACAUCUAUGUCUUCCGUCAUCGUUGCCUGGUGUGUGGAAGAGCAUAUUGCCGACAGUGUGUGAGGAUUGGGAUGGGAGAAAUGUCGGAAGGCCGAAAGUGCAUCGAGUGUUUAGGCCGAAGAUUCAGUCAAAGGUACAUACAAAGGGCUGGAAAAAUUGGGUGUUGUAUGGGAUAUCCAAGCCUAGUGAAACAACAAGAACUCAAGUGGGCGGAAAAAGGGCCCAGAGGAAGCGGCGGAGACAACCGCCAUGGCCGGAGUGAAAUGACGAUGUCCAGAACCAUUAGCCCAAGCCCAAGGCUUCCUCCGACCAGAGGAUACAAUAGCCACCACAGUAUGCCGUCGUUUGUGAGCAACACCCAUGGCCAUGGACAGGGUUCAUUUGUGAUGGGCUCCCACUCUCCUUAUUCCCCUUAUUUUUCCCCCAAAAACCACCCUUUGCCAUUCUAAAAUAAAAUUUCUACGAUCAAUUUGUUUGGGUUUUUAUGGCUGAAUUAUAACUAUUAUUUGGUUCUUUUUUCGGCAAUACAUCUUUUUUAAGUGAAUGUGUUGUACUUUCUGGAUUGAAAUAAUAAUAUAUGUACUUUCUGCAUUAGUAUUCAUUCUCAUGGAUACACAAAUAUUGUUAGGUCAAUAAACAACCACUCAUUAGAUAUGUACGAAACAUUGCUAUCUUCC